AUGGUGGAGGACAGUGGCACCGAUGAGGAGAUCCCACUCCCCAAUGUGAAGACUGCCAUACUCAGCAAGGUGAUCGACUACUGCAGGUACCACAAGGACAACCCACCUGAGGAGAUUCAGAAGCCUUUGAAGAGCACCAACCUGGUUGAAUGCGGUGUCUCUGAGUGGGACAACGAGUAUGUCAACAUCGAGCAGGAGGUUCUUUUCGAGCUCAUCCUCGCUGCGAACUACCUGGACAUCAAGAGCCUUCUGGACCUCACGUGCGCCAAGGUCGCCUCCAUGAUCAAAGGCAAGAACACGGAGGAGAUUCGAAAGCAGUUCAAUAUCGUCAACGACUUCACACCAGAGGAGGAGGCACAGGUACGAGAGGAGAACCGUUGGUGCGAAGACGCCUGA